CCGACUGACACUCUUUGCAAAGGAGUUUGGGUGGGAUCAGACGAGACGAAGGAGGAACCUCCAAGUCGUCCAGUUGGCAGAGUGAAGAAGUUGUUGGAAAUUUGAAGACUUUCAACAAAACCCACGAUGACUUCCACGAACAUGUUUCAAGGGUUGGACACUGGGUCAAAACCAAGCUCAAGGGUGCUGCGACCCCCCGGCGGUGCCUCCAGUAAUCUGUUUGGUGGCUAUGAAGAGGAAGCCCCCCAAUCUAGAAGACCAAAUAAAAUGGCCUCUAACCUCUUUGGCUCUCCAGAGGAGCCCCAGGCUGCACCCAGGCGCUCCAACCCGCCGGGUGGUAAGAGCAGUGGAAUAUUUGGGGAACCUGAACCUCCAGUUCAACCACAGAGACCCAUUCCUCCAGGUGGACCAUCCAGCAACAUAUUUGGCUCAGGGGAGAGUGCAGGUGUUCACAGCCCAAGCCGAAGUCACCCAAAUAAGCCAAAGGACAAUCUAAGUGUAGUACCUGAACCCGAAUCACCAGCAACUGAGGUCAAAGUCAGCCAGCCCGAGGUCAAAGUCAGCCAGCCAGAGGUCAAAGUCAGCCAGCCCGAAGUCGACGUAAGCCAGCCCGAGGUUAAAGAGCAAAUUGCCUCACCAGUCGCUGUGCCAGCUCAGGAGGAGCCUAUUGCUGCUCCAGCUACCCCAGAGCCUGGCCCCGACUCCUCAGGCUCCUCAUCCACCCCACCCACUGAUGACAAGAAGAACCACGAGCCUCACCUGGGACCCAAGCCUCGCUCUCACAACAGGGUCCUUAACCCCCCGGGAGGAAAGUCCAGUGUUGUGUUCUUCUGAUUUCCCGACCCCACCCCUGCUCCUUCUGCGGGUCUCCUCUCGCUCUCUCCAUGUUUUGUCUGCUCCCCUAUGCAUCUCCUUUCAUUCCACCACUAACCGUCCCACAUGGUAGUCUGACAUGAGAAGAUCAAGAUCUUUUGGUCUUGUAAGCAAACGCGGACUGAUCUGUUGUCGUCAUCUUGUUGCAGUUUCAGUCUAACUUCCAGCGCCUUGUCUCCCCUCCCUAUUCCUCUUUCACCCCCAUUAACUUGCAUAAUACAAUCACUAGCCUUUUCAAUCCACAAUCACUACCACUGUGAAAUGGUUCCAUCGCGAUACUGUUUUUUGUUUUCCCUACACCAGACCCUUACUCAAAUUGCAUGGUGCACAAGCCCCUCAUGUGUUGCCUUUUUUUUUUCAAGUAACAGGGUGGCCUUUAAAAUGACCUUUGUUUUUGUCAUUGGCUUAGUUCAAACCACCAAUGAGAGCAGUUCUCUCAUUUAUGGUCUCGUUCGUAUUCCUCUUCCUGUCAUCCAAACAUGUGCCUGAUACAAAUGAUCCUGGGUCAGAAUUGAUUUUUCAGUGGGGAAAAAAAAAAUACCAAAAAAUUAUAUUGAAUCAAAGACGAAAGCGAUUGUUUACUCCAAAACGUUUCUGUGUCCCCUUAAGAAAUUCCAUGUUGAUUUUUAUACCAAUGUGUAUUUUCUGCUUUGCCUUCAUUGCUUGCUAUCUGAGAACUUGCCGGUAGUUUUUUUUUUUUUCCUUUCCCCGCCGCCUCGGGGUUGGCCUCUGUUUAUGUUUUAAAUUAAAACAGUUGGUGACAGGGAAACUCUGAACAAAUUGUGGCGCCUGAGUUAAGGUGAGCUGAUUAGUUAUCACCUCUUCACCCAUUUCAUAAUCCACAUUGAAGGUGUUCCGGCACCGGCCAGUCCCCCUGUGUGUUGACGUGCCUGGCAGUGGCAGCAAUGAGUCCAGCAGAAUUCAAUCCUGUGUAUUGCAAUAAAUUUUUUUGCAGUUGAA